GUGGUCUUGUAAUAGUAGUAAUCAUUAUGUCGCUUUUUAAACUUUCAAGGAAUGGAGUUAGGAUGAUAAAAGAGCUCUUUAUUGGACAGUCUUUACUGGUGACUAAAGCAAACUACAUUCGGGGGCCAUUUUUCAAUUAUUUGCAACCUCUGCCUCAGGCACAAGUUCAGGUGCUUCAAGGUUUCAAAUGGCCGGAGCAGCGUUUGUAUUCUACCUCCUCAGGUCCUCAGAAUGGCAGUAUUGAAGAGAGUGAGCAAAAAGAAACGAUAUCCGUUACAUUUGUCCUUAAGGAUGGAGAAGAGCAGCAAAUUAGAGUUCCCACAGGAAUGUCUAUGUUAGAAGCCGCUCAUCUGAAUGAUAUAGAACUUGAAGGUGCAUGUGAAGGUUCAUUAGCUUGUUCAACUUGUCAUGUUAUUGUGAUGGAUAUGGACUACUACAAUAAAUUGGAAGAACCCGUUGAUGAGGAGAAUGACAUGUUGGAUCUGGCGUUUGGGCUUACAGAAACGUCUCGUUUGGGAUGUCAAGUUAUUGCAAAGCCAGAACUUGAUGGAAUUCGUUUAGCCAUUCCUUCAGCCACCAGAAAUUUUGCUGUUGAUGGCUAUACUCCAAAACCACACUAAAAGCCUUUUGCCAGGAGAAGAGGAUCAAACAAGGUUUACCCAUUAGAUUUUUUUUAGCUCUUUUAUUUGUUCCAUCAGAUUUAUUGUCGUGAUCAAGUUCUACUAAAGGAGGUAGAUUAAAAAAUUUUGAUUUCUGUUUUUACUUUUCAGAAGUUUUGAAGCUCACUUUAUGUACUUUGAGGUCAAUAAUUUAUUUGAAAAUUCUUGGUGAUCCUCAUAUA